AUGGGUGCCUGCCCAUCACAAUUUGUGGCUGGUUUGCAGAAGGAGGAGCUGGGAGAGGCGCUGCACGAGGUCGAUUUCCAGCAGCUCAAGAUUGAGAAUGCUCAGUUCCUGGAGAAAAUAGAUGAACGAAACCAAGAGUUACUGCAGCUGAAGCUGACCGUUGGCAACACCCUGCAGAUCCUUAACUACUACAAAAGGAAGCUGCACUAUGCAACGGCCAUGGCUACCUACCUGGUAAAAGACAUUGCACAGAGAAAGGAGUCCCUGGAGAAAAUUGCGCGCGAGGCCAUCUUUGUGGAAGAGGAACGGCUGAAGGCUGAGAUCCUGAACAAAAAGCUACGGCGACAACUGGCAGAAUACAGAGUUCCUCCUGUCCUCAACUAUGUUCAUGAGAAGAUGACCGUCCAUGAUCUAGAAAACAGCCUCAGGAUCUGGGAGAGGAAGGUGGAAAUUGCAGAGAUGGCCUUGAAGAGCUACCGCAAUGUUUGGCAUAAGGCGAAGAUGGCCAGUCACCAGCUGCAGGCUCUUCUACCAGAACAGGAGAGACACAAAGUGACAGAGCAAGAGGAGGCUGAAACCCCUGGAAAAGUAGGAGGCAAACGCUGGAAGCAGAAACGCGGCGAUGUCUCGGUGGCAACAGAUAAGAAGCGUCUGAAAAUGCACAUUGCCAGAGCACACCGUCCUGGGUCAGAACUUUGCAGCACAGGCUACUUCUCUGGGCGAGAAACAACAAAACCAAAUAAAACUGAUAGGUUGGAGGCAGCAUCCAAAGGUCUCCAGAAUAUUUAA